AUGGAAGAAGAUGGUGGAGAAUCUCACAUUGGCAAAGAAGUCUUAGGUCUAUUAACGAUAGGACAUAAAACCCCAAUGAAGAGGAAAUGGGCCGAGGAGGAAGUUGUUGGCACAACUGCAGAAGAUGAAGACAAUGAUAAUUCUACUUCUCGUAUUCUCUGUAACGAACCACCAUGUGUAAAUAAUUUAAUACCCUUAGAUUCAUAUCCGUUGCAUGUCUCUCAAUUUCACGAUAAUAUUUGUACCAAAUGUGACGCUAACUUGGUUACUCAAUACUUGCUUGAAUUACAUCUAGUAGAAUGUCAUAAUCCAUUUGUUUCAUCAUCUCACCAACCUCUUCAUUGUUUCGAAAAGGAUUGUUCACAAGUUUUCCCCACCCAAAUGGACCGAAUAGAUCAUUUAAAAAACUUUCAUAAUUAUCCGGACUUUUAUAAUUUUAAUAUCAUAUAUACUGGUUACAAACUCUGA